CGCCUCUCAUUUGUUCACACGCUCCACUCACAUCUCAGACUCUCUCUCUCUCUCUCUCUCCCCGCCUGUAGAUACAUUCCGUAAUAUUGGCGAUAUAGACAGAGAGAGACAGAGAGUUCCGGUUUUGCCCAUGGUGGAGGUACAGUCAUGGACGGCGCGGAGGGGGAGCAACCCGAGGCUAGACUCGCCACCGGCGGCGGACCAGUUGCUGGACAUCCCUGAGACGCCGACCGGCGAUGUACGGAACAAUAGCCACGGGAUCGGCGGCAUUGGAUUGAUCUUAUCGCCGAAUGUGUUGACGGCCGUGAUCAUCGCUUCCUGGUACCUGUCCAACAUCGGAGUACUGCUCCUCAACAAGUACCUCCUCAGCAUCUACGGCUACAAGUACCCCAUCUUUCUCACCAUGCUCCACAUGCUAUCCUGUGCCGCCUACAGCCUCGCCGCCAUCCGCUGGCUCGAGAUCGUGCCGCUGCAGCAUAUUCUCUCCCGCCGGCAGUUCUUCAAAAUCUUCGCCCUCUCUACCAUCUUCUGCUUCUCCGUCGUAUGCGGCAACACCUCCCUCCGCUACCUCCCGGUGUCGUUUAACCAGGCCAUCGGCGCCACUACUCCUUUCUUCACCGCCAUUUUCGCCUUCUUGAUCACUUGCAAGAAGGAGUCCGCCGAGGUCUACCUUGCGCUAGUGCCCGUCGUCUUCGGGAUCGUUCUUGCUAGCAACAGCGAGCCGUUGUUCCACCUCUUCGGCUUCCUCGUCUGCGUCGGCUCCACCGCUGGCCGAGCCCUCAAAUCCGUCGUGCAAGGCCUUCUCCUGACCUCCGACGCCGAAAAGCUACACUCGAUGAACUUGCUUCUGUACAUGGCUCCAAUGGCCGCUCUGAUUUUACUUCCCUUCACGCUCUACAUCGAAGGCAAUGUACUUUCGAUAACAAUCGAGAAAGCCAGGAGCGACUCUUUCAUUCUGUUCCUGUUGAUCGCAAACGGCACAGUCGCGUAUUUGGUGAACUUGACGAACUUUCUGGUGACUAAGCACACGAGCGCGUUGACGUUGCAGGUGCUGGGGAACGCCAAGGCGGCUGUGGCGGCCGUGGUGUCGGUGUUGAUAUUCAGGAAUCCGGUGACUGUGAUGGGAAUGACGGGGUUCGCGGUGACCAUAAUGGGCGUGGUGCUCUACAGCGAGGCCAAGAAGAGAUCCAAAGUUACAGCUCAUUGACCGCUAGCGAUGAAAAGAAAGAGAAUGGAUCCAUUUGGAUUUGAUUCGAUUUGGCGCCCGCGCGGGAAGUGGAGACAAUAACAAUGGUGCGAUUCUUUUAUUUUCAAUUCUUCGUACUUCUUUCCUUUUUCUAAUGCAUAUACUUUUUGCCUUGAUAAUGGAGGCAAAGAAAGAGAAUUGGGAUCAAAAGGGAAACAUUCGACCAUUUGCUUGUAUAGGAUGAUGGAAUUGGGGGAAAAAUUCACCUUGUGCUCUUUAUUCCUUGUUUUUUCUUUCCUUAUAUUAUUAUUGUUGGCUGGGGAUGGGAUAACAGACUAAAAGUCCUCUCUGUUACUUUCCCGUCUGUAACUCUACAUGUUUGCCUGCUGCAACUAAGAACACAAAUGGCUGAUUCUUCAAAUCUUAUUUUUUGUUCGAUCUGUGCGAAAUGAAUCAUUCGGCACUUAAUAUUGUCAAAUCCUAUUACUUCUUUUCGUUCUUUAUGCUCUGUUAUCGUGUAAUUACAUUGUUUUCUCCUUGUUACGAUUAGCAUUCCUUGUACUAAAAUUGAUAUUCUUUGGCUUGCUUAAACGUAUUGUGAGUGCUAAUGCUAGUGGUAUCGAGUGCAUUUGGGCUGACUAAUUCUGCUCUGUUUUGCUUGGCACCUUAUUUAUCGUCUAAUUAAAAAGGUGUUACGGCAUUAAAUCGAUAACAAAUUAUAAUCAACCACAUAUGAACACAGAAUUUUAUGUGAAAAACCUAAAUCAAGAAAAAUUAUAAGUAGAAAGAACAAAAUAUCACUAACCAAAUAUUAGUAAUACACGAGUGAUUUAACUGUAAUUAAUUCCAGAAUAUUGGGCACCUAUUUAUAGACCUAAAAUCAUAUAUAGAUAUAUACAAAAAAUUAUAUUCUGGUCAGAAGAUGAUUCAUGAGGAUAUUAUUCUAAAUGAGAUAAAUCUCAUAUAAAAUCGAAUUCGACAAUAUCAUAAUCACAGUUAAAUUCGAAGUUAUAAUCAGUGUUCUAAAAGACGCUAGGCACUAGUCGGGUGCCAGGCUGGGGCCUAGCGCUUAGGGCGCCUAGGCAGGGCCUAGAAAAAUUUGAUUUUCUUUUUAAUUGGAGAAACUUGGAAUAGAAACCUAUAUAUAUAUAACCAAUAACCUCACUUAAUAUUCAAAAUAAAAAUAACAUAUCAUGCCAUAACUGCAAAAUA